GAUUAAUCAACGAUUAUUCGAUUCGUCGAUGAUGAAGCUUCAUCGGAUAUGCAGCGUAUGGGCGGCUCUGGCCGCGUCCGCGUCCGCAGUCUCCGACAAGCCACCGCCACUGGGGACAUCAUUCGGAGUUGCAGGGAGGAAUGCGACCUUUGAUUACAUCGUGGUCGGCGGGGGCACCGCUGGCUUAACGCUAGCCACCCGCCUGGCCGAGCAGCAGACGGGGUCAGUGGCCGUCAUCGAGGCCGGGGGCUUCUAUGAAAUCGACAACGGCAAUCUCAGCCAGGUGCCUGCCAGCGCCGGCCAAUUCACCGGACGGUCGCCGACUGACUGGCAGCCGCUUAUUGACUGGGGCACCGUCACCACCCCGCAGGCGGGCACAUAUGGCACCCAGGCCCACUACGCGCGAGGCAAAUGCCUGGGAGGCUCGUCGGCAAGGCACUCCAUGGUCUACCACCGCGGCACUCGCGGGGCCUACCAGCAGUGGGCCGAUACGGUGGGCGAUGACAGCUUCACGUUCGAUAACCUGUUGCCCUUCUUCGAGAAGAACACCCGCUUCACGCCGCCGGACCUGUCCCUUCGGUUCGACAAUGCAACCCCUACGUAUGAUGUGAGCGUGCUGGGCAACGGCUCCAAUGCGCUCUCCGUGACCUACCCCCAUUACGUGCAGGCUUUCACCUCGUGGGCGACCCAAGCCCUGGAGGCGAUCGGUAUCUCGAAGAUCCCAGGCCUCCAGAGCGGGGCCCUUCUCGGCCAGGGAUACACCCUAUUCAGCCUGAAUGCCACGACGAUGCUCCGCGAGUCCUCGGAAACAGCCUACCUCCGACGGGCCUUGGGCCACCCGAACUAUAUGGUCUAUCAGUCCACCAUGGCGAAACGGAUCCUCUUCAACGAGGACCAGCAGGCCACAGGAGUGCUGGUGGAGACGGAGGGGCUGAGCUACCAGCUCAAUGCGACCCAGGAGAUCAUCAUCUCAGCAGGGGUCUUUGGCUCGCCGCAGCUCCUGCUGGUGUCGGGCAUCGGGCCUGCUGCCACCCUCGAGGGGCUGGGGAUCCCCGUAGUGGCCGAUCGACCCGGGGUGGGCCAGAACAUGCACGACCAUGUCUACGUCGGAGCCUCGCAUCGGGUCAACGUGGUCACGAACUCGCGGAUGGGAGACCCGGUCUUUGCCGCCCAACAGGCAGAGGAGUUCAAUGAGGAAGCCUCUGGCAUGCUCACCAGUCCGGGCCCGGAUGUCCUGGGCUGGGAGAAGAUUCCCGCCGAUCUGCGCGCCCCAUUCUCCGCUGAGGGCCAGACCGCAUUGGCGCAGGUCCCAGACGACUGGCCCGAGGUGGAGUAUCUCUUCCCCUCGUCGUAUGUUGGUCCGCAGAAUAUCCCGUCCCAGGAAGAUCCCCAUGACGGCUACAACUACGCGGCCAUCUCGGUGGCGCUGGUGACGCCACAGUCCCGGGGCACCGUGACAAUUGCCUCGCCGGAUGCCUCAAUGCCACCGGUGGUAGACCCCAACUGGCUGACAGCGUCGGCGGACAUCGAGGUGCUCUUGGCGGGGUUCAAACGCGUGCGUCAGUUGUGGAACACGGACGCGCUGACGCCCCUGACGAUCGGGGAGGAGGCCUAUCCGGGGCCCCAGGUGCAGACGGAUGCGGAGAUCGAGGACUACAUUCGGCGGAAUGCCAUGACCGCGCGGCAUGCCGCGUGUACCUGUGCCAUGGGUCGCCCGGAGGAUCCGAUGGCGGUGGUGGAUACCCAGGCCCGCGUGCUGGGGGUCCAGGGCUUGCGGGUGGUGGAUGCCUCGAUGUUUCCGUUGCUGCCCCCGGGGCACCCGCAGGCGACGAUCUAUGCCAUUGCGGAGAAGCUGGCGUGUAAUAUCACCAGUGCUUGUUAGGCGUGUCGGAGCAGAUUAGGGCACGUCCGGAUGAGCCCUAGUUAGGGAUCCGUCGACUCACUGAGGUUUGGAAGAUUCCGAUGCUGCGGGAGAAAGGAUCUUAAUAUCCUGGAUUUCCUUGUCCCUUCAUGCAAGCAAGAUCUCCCACGCCGGCGGGUAAGCUAGCAUGUAACUACGCCUAUAGAAGGGCCCUGAUCCUGUUGUUCGGUUCUUCCGUAGUGAUAUAUCCGUUCAGUACUUGGAAAUCGUAUCUCAGAGACGUGGUAUUAUACCCAGCUUAUGCCCUG